GACGGACAGGUGGUGGGCGUGUCUCGGGUAACAGGUGAGUCAGGAAGAGGUGAGAAGAGGGGAGAAGGGGACAGAUGGCUCCACCGAGACCCGAAAUCCGAUACCAGAAAGUACAGAACACCCCGGGGGAGGGGGAGAAGGAGGAGGAGGAGCAAGAGGAGGUCACCAUCUACCUGUACAGCCAGCCAUCAUCGCCCAUCCUCCGGGAACGCUAUAGAGAAUCCUGUUUUCGAAUCUUCUCCUCCUUACUCCUACUGGGGGUGGCCGUCGGCUUCGUCUUGUACGACGUCGAGUUCAGAAAUACAGAAACACCGGCCAACCCGCCAAAGUUCAGUGUCCAGCUUAACGGGUCCUCAGAUAGUAGUAUUUCUGGAGGUCCCCCAUCACUGACCAACCAUGAAGAGCUAGGAGAAAGUCAUCACCACCACCACCACCAUGAUUCCCAAACAUCGGACCAAGAAGAGGAUGAGGGAGAGGAACAUGGAAACUCUUCUUCUGGCCAUCACCAUUUUGGAGACACUUUUCACCAAGUAGCAGCCAUUACCGACUCUGAGACGUGCUCCAUGUUGGCUCGGGACAUCCUCCAGUCGGGGGGUUCGGUGGUUGAUGCCGGAAUCUCUGCCGUGCUCUGUUUAGUGGUUGUACACCCACACACUUCUGGAUUUGGUGGAGUCUUCUCGUCCAUUUAUUUCAACAAAGCCUCACAGAACACCUCAGUAUUAAAUGCAAUACCCAGAGAAACGUCUUCAGUUCCAUAUGGAGUUCCUCGGGUUCUUCAGGGGUUAUGGGUGCUUCAUCAGAAGUACGGGAUGAAACCCUGGGCUCAGCUAGUAAGUUCCGCUGUCAUUCUAGCAGAAAAGGGGUUCUUGGUGGACUCCAGCCUCCAUGCUGCUCUUGUGGCAAAUCACGAGAAGGUUCUAAGCUCUGAGGGUCUGCGGAGCCUCUUCUGUGAUCCUCAACAUAAUCUUAAAGACGUUGGAGAGAGAGUAGAAAAUCCCACGCUGGGCAAACUCUUGGAUCAGAUUGGACGUUCCGUGUCGGACCCCGUGCUUUCAGAUGACCUCACACACAGCCUGAUGAGUGACAUUGGGGUUACAGAAGAUGAGAAAUUUAGAGCGUCCAUCUCUAGACAUCCUACCAUUGAAGACCCACUGACGCUUCACUUGGAUGCACUUACUUUGUUCACUUCUGGUGGCCCCACUGCCGGGAAAAUCCUCUCCAACUCCGUUCAAAAGAUUUACGAAGAAGAACAUAAGCAAAGCACGGAGUCGGUUUCUGAGCGUCUCCUGAAUUUCUCCAAGAUGAUGUAUGCACAGGGUGGAGCCUGGCCUAGAGACUUGUCUUCCCAAUUCUCUCCUUUACAGCUUCCCGCAUGGAGCCCGGCGCCUGUUGGAAGCAAUAUCAUGAUAGCCGACGCUUCCGGAGAUAUCUUUGUCUUGUCCCUCACACUCAACAGCACCUUUGGAUCUGGGUUUGUUUCUUCAUCUACAGGGAUCCUGCUCAGCGACUUUGUUCAGGGUUCCUCACAGAGCUCCAGACCCCUUUACUGGGCCUGCCCAUCAGUGCUGAUAUAUGGGGCAGAUAAUGACGUGAUGGGGUUGUCCGCUUAUGGGGGAAGCUCAGUGCCAUUCUCCCUGGCUCAGGUUAUCGUACGUCAUCUCCUCUUGGAGAAGGACCUGAUGGAAUCUGUGACCGGAUCCCUGGUGGAGGUUCAACUUGAAGGCUCUGACCCCUGGAUGGAGUACUUUGGGCUUCAGGGUAACAGCACAGAGCCGGUCGUGGCGGUGGAAGUUCAGGCAGAACAUGUUCAUGUUAUGAAGUCUCAUGGACCUUGCUGCUAUCCUGCUGGACUUUAGCCCUUUCUUCAUUAAUGUCGAA